UGGGCGUGGUAAUGGGCGUGGUAAUGGGCGUGGCGAAGGACAUGGUCUGGUUCGUGCUGCGCAUGCGCGAAGUGUCCUCGCUUGUUUCUGUGACCUGUUUGUGAUGAUCAGAAAUCUCCCCGCUGUGUUACUGCGAUUAAUAAAACAACACAGAUAUUACACUGGAUUAAAGAAAAGCAAACAGGUGAAGAAGUGUGAACUCUGUCAGAAUGGCAUGACCUGAAUAAAAUAUCUAUCUAUUUAUUUAUUUAUUUUUAUCCUGAGGGAAAGUGAGUUGGUCUGGUCUGAGGAGGGAGGCGGCCCGGAUGCUAGUCAGGAUCCGACUGGGGAGAUUUUAUCACUUUAAUCAAACAAAAGAAGAUUUCUGUUUGAGGAGAAGAUUUCCAAAAAGUAGUUUAGGAUUAUCUCUUGUUUGGAAUUUCAGCUUUAAACAGGACGUGUGUAAUGGCUGACUGAGUGUGAGUGCAGCAGGCGUGUGCGUGUGUGCGCGUGCGUGUGUGUGUGUGUGUGUGUGUGCGCGUGUGUGUGUGUGUGCGCGUGCGUGUGUGCGUGUGCGCGUGCGUGUGUGUGUGCGCGUGCGUGUGUGUGUGCGCGUGCGUGUGUGUGUGCGCGUGCGUGUGUGUGUGCGCGUGCGUGUGUGUGUGUGUGCGCGUGUGUGUGUGUGCUGAGCAGAAUGUUGCCGGGCGUGGGUGUGUUUGGAACGGGGCAGACCGUACGCUCCCUGGUGCCCUUGCUGCAGGAGGAAGGUUUUCCGGUUCAGGCCGUCUGGGGCCGGACGCAGGAGGAAGCAGAACGUCUGGCUAAUGAGCUCAACAUCCCCUUCUCUACCAGCCAAUCAGACGACGUCCUGCUCAGACAGGAAGUCCACCUCGUGUGCAUUCUGACGCCGCCGCCGCACACACGCCAGAUCGCCGUGAAGGCACUGGGGAUCGGAAAGAACGUGAUCAGCGAGCAGGCUGCUACGCUAAUAGACGCCUGUAUGAUGGUGACGGCGGCGCGGUAUUACCCGCAGUUAAUGAGCAUCAUGAACAACGCGCUGCGCUUCCUGCCCGCCUUCGUCCUGAUGAAGAGGCUGCUCGCGGAGGGGUACUGCGGCACGCUGCAGGUGUGUGAAGCGCGUGUGUACGGCGGCUCGUUGCUGAGUCAGUCGUACGGCUGGGCGUGGGAGGAGCUGAUGGGGGGCGGCGGCCUGCACACGGUCGGUUCUUGCAUCAUCGACCUCCUGAGCUACCUGACGGGGGGGCGGGCCGUCCGCGUGCACGGAAUGCUCAGGACCUUCGUGCGUCACGGUGGAACGGGCGGCGGGAUUCGGUCCGUCACGGCCGACGACUACGCCUGCUUUCAGCUGCUCAUGACGGGGGGCGUGGUCUGCAACGUGACGUUGAACUUUAACCUCCCGGGCGCCGACCUUCACGAGGUCAUGCUGGUGGGAUCGUCCGGGAGACUGGUGGCGAGAAGCACCGAGCUGUACGGCCAGCGCAACAGCACGAAGGGGGAGGAGCUUCUUUUGAGUGACAGCGGCUCAGGGGCGGGGCCUUCGGUCACGGGACUGAAAGCGAUGGUGACUCAGCUCCGUCUGUCCUUCCAGGCGCAGGAGGACCGGCGAUCGUGGGCGCGGCAUCCCGUCGCCAUGGCGGCGACGUUCGAGGAUGGUCUGUACGUUCAGACGGUGGUGGACGCCAUCAAAAGGUCAAAUCGCACCGGAGAGUGGGAGAGCGUGGACGUCAGAACCGGCGAUGUAGAUCCUAAUCAGAACCACAGAACCGCUCCGAACUAAAGCGACCACUGAAUGAUGAACGGGUCACUAACACCACCGCGGCGUGUAAAUAUAUAUAUAUACACACAUCAGGUGUUUGUUGACUCUGCUAACAUGGCGGUCUGUUUUAGGUUAAACACUGCGUACAGCGGCGUAAAGCGCUUUCCACACACCAGACAGCAAUCGCUCGACCUCCGAGUUCAUGAAAGUUCUCAAGUUUUGUAGUGAAGACGCGAGAAUCACGUGCCGACUGAUCGAAGCAGAAACAGAAAAUCAACACACGAUGUGUUUUUAUACAGCACUGUGCAAAAGUCUUAGGCACAAUAUUUUUUUUUUCAGUACAAACUUUUUUCAGACUUCUACAUUAUUGAUUCAGUACAAAAACAUUUUAGAUUCCAAACAUUAGUUUUCCAGCACAGAAUUAAACGUUACAGAAAAAUGUUUGUAUGUCAGUAAAGAAAGCAGCAGAUUCCAUAAGAGACACUUUUCAGAUAAAAACAUAAUGAAGGCUGCUGGGUUUCGCUGCAGAAAUAAGAAGCGAGUCGACAGUCAAAGUCUCCAGAAGAACUGUGGCUGCUUCUGCAAGAUGCUCAGUAACACUUCCAGCUCAUUUCCUUAUAAAACUGCACACACUGCACCUCAGAUACUGCUUUAUUUAUUUAAAGUGAAGGAUCGUCACAUUAAAUACUGACUUUGUUUCAUUUAUUACUGUUUACUGCUCUUUAUAGGAUUUUUUAAUGUAGAAACAUUUAAUUUCAUUAUUUUUGAAGGCGUCUUUCCUCUACAGCAUUUCUUUACAUGUGCCAAAGACUUUUGCACAGAACUGUAUAUCACUAUUAAGGACGUAUGGUGUGUGUGUGUGUGUGUAUGAGAGAGUGUGUGUGAUGUCAUUUCUCUCGCCGUCUACAACUUUAGAAAUGUGACCAAGUCCGAUUUAUAAAUCUCAACACUACGAUAUUGUGCUGUACCUCACCUCUUAUUCCUCUGACAGAAUUUCCGUCUGUUACUCGACUACACACACGUCCACUGCGUACAAAACAAACAUUAUUCACUACAAUACCCACAAUGCACUGCUCCUGCUGUAAACACAUUCCACUUCUGCCUCUGCUGUUGCUCCGAGCACCUUCCUAACUUCAUCAUACAUCAUACACUACGACUAUCUCACACACACAAACACACACACACACACACAUACACACACACGCGCGCGCUCACGGCGAUGCUGACCACAACUAAACCCAUCACCAUUGUUUUUUUUUUUUUUUUUUUGUCUCUCGGUGUUUAGAUUUGCGAUAAAUACAAACAAUGUGAGAGAUUGUUUCUGGAAAAUUCGUUCACAGACAUAUCUUCCUGAGAAAGAAGAAAAUUCCGGGAUUUGUUGUUUUUGUUUGUUUGUUUGUUUGUUUAUAUAAACAAGGAAGUGCAAAGAUUUCAUAAUAUAUUUUUCUUUAGAUUGUGUGGUUUUAGAUGGACUAUUAAUUCCAUAAAACCGUGAUUUUUUAAAAAUAGAUAUCACACUGUAACACUCGUAUCCUGUAUAAACUUUUUUCUCUGUUAUAAUUUGAGGAAGGUGCUCUAUAAGUGGAAAUUAUUAUUAUUAUUAUUAUUAUUAUUAUUAUUAUUAUUAUUUAUGAGGGACCGUGGUUAAUGAGUAUAAUACAGAUAUGUACAUCAUUGGCUGAACUGAUCAGAAAGGUGGUUAAAAGGUUUAUUUAAUAAAUGUUUAUUAAUUUUUUUAAGCGGUGGAGGGAAAUUGUGACCUUUCAGACAGGAAGUCGAGAUUGUAGUCUGUUGUCUGAUGUGUGAAAAGCUCUUAAAGCUGAUUAUCUUUUAAAGUUAAACUUUUUUUAUAUGGACUGAAGAAACACUGGAGUUACAUCACUGGAAACAGAACGUGUGUGUGUGUGUGUGUGUGUGUUCACCUUUAUCUCUACUCUAAGCUACACAACUAGGUGUUUAGCUGUGAAUAUUUUUAUUUUAUUUAAACUUUUUAGGCUGAAUAUGAAUAUUCAUGCAGGAUUUAUGCAGAAUGUUUAUUGAACUGACGCUUGCUCUGAGUCUUCUUCUGCUGUUGGUGUUUUAGAAACUAAUAUGUCUAAAAAGCUGCACGGAGGUUUCCGGUGUGUAUUUAUUGUCUAAAAGUGUGUGUGUGUGUGUGUGUGUGUGUGUGUGUGUGUGUGUGUGUGUGUGUGUGUGUGU